AUGGGGUCACGCACCCACCCACAACAAACUCUAGUUACACCUUGUCGUUUAAUGCAAGAUUAUUUGCUGAAAAAGAUGGAUGAACAGGUGUAUGCGGUGAACAGACAUGCCUCUUGGACCAUUAAAUAUGAGGCCUACAACUACCGCGCUUGA